UUAAGUACACAAGGUGCUUAUAAAGGCCAUAGCCCUAAGUUAUCAUCUAAAGCUCUCCAAAUCUGAUCUAUUGGGAAGUGUUUGAUUCUAUGUAUUGAGAGUUUUCUAGGGUUUUUAUAGUUCGCCGCUGUUAUGUUCUGCUUAGAUUCAUUUUAGAGAGUGUUUUUUUUUUUGUUUUAAUUUUAAUGGCUCGGUUGAUAAUUCCUUGUCGAAGUUCGUCGUCUCUGGCCUCUAGGUUCAACCUUCUGGGUUUGCUCCCUCGUGCUCCUCCUGCUCCAGUUAGAAGCGGUUCUCUUUCGUUACGUAACUCAGCAAAGAGACUUACUCAAUACACACCCUUUCUCAUUACUUCCCAGGUUACGUGUUUGAGCAAGAAUCGGUUUCUAUCACACUCUGUUGAUCAAAGCAGCAGGAGGCUGAUUUGUUCUGUUGCCACCGAAACAGUUCCGGAUAAACUUGAAGAUUCCAAUAUGGAUGCACCUAAGGAAAUAUUUCUCAAGGACUACACCAAGCCUGACUACUAUUUUGAAACUGUGGACCUAAGCUUCUCUCUUGGUGAAGAGAAAACAAUUGUCAGCUCCACAAUCAAGGUUACCCCUCGAGUUAAAGGAUCUUCUGCUCCCUUGGUCUUGGAUGGGCAUGACUUGAAGCUACUUUCUGUCAAGGUGGAAGGGCAGCUUCUAAAGGAAGGGGAUUACCAGUUGGACUCUCGUCAUCUCACUCUGCCUUCACUGCCGGCCGAGGAGUCCUUUGUUCUGGAAAUUGAUACUGAGAUAUACCCUCAGAAGAAUACUUCCCUUGAUGGGCUCUACAAGUCAUCUGGGAACUUUUGCACACAAUGUGAAGCAGAGGGUUUCCGGAAAAUCACCUUUUACCAGGACCGUCCUGAUAUUAUGGCGAAGUACACAUGCCGUGUUGAAGCUGACAAGUCACUUUAUCCUGUACUGUUGUCCAAUGGAAACCUCAUUUCUCAAGGAGACAUAGAGGGAGGUCGGCACUUUGCCUUAUGGGAGGAUCCAUUCAAGAAGCCAUGCUAUCUAUUUGCUCUGGUGGCUGGACAGCUAGCGAGCAGAGAUGAUACAUUCACCACGCGCUCCGGUAGGGAGGUAUCUCUGAAAAUCUGGACUCCUGCAGAAGAUCUACCAAAGACUGCUCAUGCCAUGUAUUCUCUGAAGGCGGCCAUGAAGUGGGAUGAGGAUGUGUUCGGCCUUGAGUAUGACUUGGAUCUCUUCAACAUUGUCGCCGUUCCAGAUUUUAACAUGUAUGAACUCAUAGUGGAUUUUAUCGGAAUUAAAGAGCUCAUGCUUCUCUGUCUUUUACUUUUCUUAUUGGCGAGAAUAAUCAAUCUAAUUGAUUUCUGGUCGAUUUUCAGGGGAGCCAUGGAAAACAAAAGUUUAAAUAUUUUUAAUUCGAAGCUUGUCCUGGCAUCUCCGGAAACUGCAACAGAUGCAGAUUAUGCUGCAAUUUUGGGAGUUAUUGGUCAUGAAUACUUCCACAAUUGGACAGGCAACAGGGUGACAUGCCGUGACUGGUUCCAACUCAGUCUAAAGGAAGGUCUUACUGUCUUCCGUGACCAGGAGUUUUCAUCUGACAUGGGAAGCCGUACUGUAAAGCGCAUUGCUGAUGUUUCAAAGCUCAGGAUCUAUCAAUUCCCGCAGGAUGCUGGUCCGAUGGCACAUCCUGUUCGCCCACAUUCAUACAUCAAGAUGGACAACUUUUACACAGUGACGGUUUAUGAAAAGGGUGCUGAGGUUGUGAGGAUGUACAAAACUCUACUAGGAAGUGAGGGUUUCCGAAAGGGCAUUGAUCUCUAUUUUCAAAGACAUGAUGAGCAAGCUGUGACCUGUGAAGACUUCUUUGCUGCAAUGCGUGAUGCAAACAAUGCAGAUUUUGCUAAUUUCUUGCAAUGGUACUCUCAAGCUGGAACGCCAGUCGUCAAAGUGGCAUCCUCUUACAAUGCUGAAGCCCGUACCUUCUCUUUGAAAUUCAGUCAGGAGAUACCCCCAACUCCAGGCCAGCCAACAAAAGAACCAACAUUUAUUCCAGUGGUUGUUGGUCUUCUGGACUCAAGUGGAAAAGACAUUACACUCUCCUCUGUUUAUCGUGAUGGUACACUUCAGACCAUUUCAAGCAGCAGCACUAUACUUCGAGUGACUAAGAAAGAAGAAGAGUUCGUGUUCUCUGAUAUAUCCGAAAAACCUGUUCCGUCUCUAUUUAGAGGAUUCAGUGCCCCAGUUCGUGUUGAGACUGAUCUCUCUGAUGAUGAUCUCUUCUUCCUCCUAGCCCAUGAUUCAGAUGAAUUCAACCGGUGGGAGGCAGGUCAAGUUCUUGCAAGGAAGCUCAUGGUGAACUUAGUUUCUGAUUUCCAACAAAACAAACCAUUGGUUCUAAACCCAAAAUUCAUUCAAGGUCUCGGUAGCGUGCUUUCUGACACAAGCUUGGACAAGGAAUUUAUCGCCAAGGCAAUAACAUUGCCUGGGGAGGGAGAGAUUAUGGAUAUGAUGGCUGUGGCUGAUCCUGAUGCUGUCCAUGCUGUUAGAAAGUUUGUUAGAAAGCAGCUUGCAUCUGAACUUAAAGCUGAGCUUCUAAAGAUUGUUGAGAACAAUAGGAGCUCAGAAGCUUAUGUCUUUGACCACCCAAACAUGGCGAGGCGUGCUUUGAAGAACACAGCUCUAGCUUAUCUUGCAUCCCAGGAUCCAGCAUAUGUGGAACUUGCAUUGGGUGAAUACAAGUCGGCGACCAAUUUGACAGACCAAAUUGCUGCAUUGGCAGCUCUGGCACAAAAGCCGGGUAAAACCCGUGACGAGGUCCUUGCUGACUUCUAUAACAAGUGGCAGGGCGAUUACUUGGUUGUUAAUAAGUGGUUCCUCCUUCAAGCAUCAUCCGACAUUCCCGGGAAUGUGGAGAAUGUCAAGAAGCUUUUGGAUCACCCAGCUUUUGAUCUGCGCAAUCCAAACAAGGUGUACUCGCUUAUUGGAGGGUUCUGCGGAUCUCCAGUGAAUUUCCAUGCAAAAGAUGGAUCAGGUUACAAGUUCUUGGGUGACAUUGUUGUCCAGUUAGACAAAAUCAAUCCUCAGGUUGCUUCUCGUAUGGUAUCUGCGUUUUCAAGGUGGAAGCGCUAUGAUGAAACCCGACAAGCUCUGGCCAAGGCACAGUUGGAGAUGAUAAUGUCAGCUAAUGGAUUAUCCGAAAAUGUCUUUGAGAUUGCAUCCAAGAGUUUGGCUGCUUGAGACUAUCACGAAUCAAUCCUUUUAAAAGACAAUUCUACUCAUAACUAUUUAGUUACUGAAACUAGCUCUAAAUUAUCAUUUUCUGCUUAUGAGUUUUACAUUUAAACGCAUGCACUAUAAUAUAAACCGACCCUGAACUUUCUGUUUUUCAUUUUUAUGCUAUGACCUUUGUUUCCAA